AUGCCGCGAAGUAAAGAUAAAGUCAUACGACCGAAACCAAGUGAGCAAAAUGUAAAAAGUGCAAUUAAAAUGGUAAUUGAAAAACGUUUAUCUAUUCGGAAAGCUGCAGAAGAAUUUCAUGUCUCAAAAUCUUUAAUAGGCCGUUACGUGAAGUUGAACAAAGAAAAAGAAAAUGUUGAGGUCGUCUAUCACCCUCUGAAUGCUGUCAAGAGAGUGUUUAGUGAUGAAGAAGAAGAGCAAUUGGUUGAAUAUUGCUUAAAGGCAUCCAAGUUACACUACGGAAUAUGCAAAGAUGACUUUUUAAAAUUAGCAUUCGAAUAUGCAGUAAUUUUGAAAAAAACUUAUCCAAGUGCUUGGGACACAAAUAAAAAAGCUGGAAUAUGGCCAUUUAAUGAUAAUAUUUUUGGCGAAGAUGAGUUCCUGAGCUCAUAUGUUACUGAUAGGCCUUAUGUAGAUGCUAACACCGUUACACACACCAGAUUGGAUAUGGCUGAAAUACAACCAAAUAUUGCUCUACCUGGACCAUCACAAUAUGCAAAUAUUGAACAACAAUAUGACAAUAACCAAGUAGCAAUAGAAUCUCCAGCACCAUCUAUAUCCACUGGUACUAUAUACACAGACAAAAAUAUCGUUAUGUCACCUGAAGCCAUUCGUCCUUUUCCAAAGGCCCCACCACGUAAGAAUAAUACUACUAGAAAUAGAAAAGGUAAGACAAGAGUCUUAACCUAUACUCCUAAAAAAGAGGAAUUGGAGCUUUUAGCUGCUAAAAAAGAAAAAAGAAGUAAAUAA